AUGCUAUUCCAACUGAUUUUUAUGCUGUUGUGUGUCAUCACAUAUCUUCCAGCCACCUCUAUCAGAAAAUUGCUUAUCGCAUCAUGUCAGGAAAGUCUUCAAAUUGUAGAUGAGGCCAUAUUCCACUCCACACAACGACGAAGCAUCCCCUCAUCUUCAACGCAUGUGUUUAUAUUCCUUCGACAAACUGAGCCAGAGACCCUGGAGAUUUCCAGAGCUGCAGAGAUUUUUCAAACAACUCUGCAAGUCCUAAAAAACAGAGCAAGACAGAGAUAUAAAAGGGAUGUCACAGCACCAGAAUUGCUCUCAUGGAAGGAUGUGGAGCUCAUUGCAGAGCUGUCGCAGUGUCCUCCUCCAACACAUCCAUCCAUCUGUCAGCACAGUCAUCACGACAAGUACCGCUCCAUAUCUGGCCUCUGCAAUAACAGGGAAAAUCCUCUCUGGGGAGCAGCCAACACUGCCUUGGUCAGAUGGCUUCCAGCUGAAUAUGAAGACAGAGAGAGAGAACCCAAGGGCUGGAACCAAGGACGGCUCCAUAAUGGAUUCCGACUUCCCCAGCCACGGGAGGUCAGCCAGAAAAUACUGAGGAGCACUUUUAAAUGGAAAGAUGAUGCCUAUUCUAACUUGUUGGUGGAAUGGGGCCAGUACAUUGACCAUGACAUAACCUUUACCCCUCAAAGCACUGGCAAUGCUGCUUUUUCAAGAAGAGAAGACUGUUUAAACACCUGUAAAAAUGUCCAUCCAUGCUUUCCCAUUGAGACAGGUGACAUGGUCUCUGGUGCACAAGGCUGCAUGCCUUUUCAUCGGUCCACACCAGCCUGUUUUACCAAUUUUGGGUCAGAUAUUAGACAAGCUCUGCAGCGACAACAGAUGAAUGCCAUCACAUCGUUCAUGGAUGCUUCGGUUGUGUAUGGUCACACUCCAAAACUGGAGAGCUCCCUCCGUGACCUUUCCAGCAUAAAUGGGAAACUUGCCAUCAAUAAUCAAUUCAAGGAUCCUAAAGGAAGACCCUACCUUCCUUACGUACCAACUGUGCCGUCAGCCUGCCACCAGGAUCUGCACGGUGAGAGAGUGGAGUGUUUCAGUGCUGGAGACAGUCGGGUCAACGAGGGUCUGCCUCUGACCACUUUGCAUACGUUGUGGCUGAGGGAACACAAUCGAAUUGCAGAGGCACUGAAACACCUCAAUGAUCACUGGAGCCCGGAGACUGUAUACCAAGAAACCCGCAAGAUUAUUGGAGCUCUGCACCAGAUCAUAACCAUGAGAGAUUAUGUUCCAAAAAUUAUUGGUGCAGAGUCUUUUGAACAAUACAUUGGACCCUAUGGGGGAUAUGAUCCAACUAUGGACCCCUCAGCCUCCAAUGUGUUUGCAACUGCUGCAUUCCGGUUCGGCCACAGCACCAUCUCUCCAAUCCUCAGGAGACUGAAUGAGAGCUUCCAGGAACAUGAGCACAUCCCCCACUUGAGACUGCACAACACUUUCUUUAGUCCAUGGAGAAUUGUCAAAGAAGGUGGAAUUGAACCAAUCCUGAGAGGUACGAUUGGAACUGCAGCAGCAGCUGUUAACACAAAUAUGUUGCUGACAGAGGAGCUAACAGAGAGUCUGGUCGUCCUUAAAAUUCCACAGCACAUGGACCUGGCUUCUCUGAACCUGCAGAGAGGACGAGAUCACGCUCUUCCAGGAUACAAUGACUGGAGAGCAUUCUGUGGACUGAAGCGCAUUAAUACACUAGAUGACUUGAAAGAGGUUGUAAGACAUGGCAGUGUUGCUGAGAAGAUACUAAAAAUAUACAAAAGUCCUGACAAUAUUGAUGUAUGGCUUGGAGGACUUGUCGAAAACCUGGUGCCAGGCUCAAGGACUGGUCCCCUCUUCGCUUGCCUGAUUGGAAAGCAGAUGAAAGCACUUCGCGAGGGUGAUAGGUUUUGGUGGGAGGCUGAAGGUAUGUUCACAAAACAACAGAAGGCUGAGCUUUUAAAAGGGUCUGUAUCUCAGAUCAUCUGUGACAACAGCGACAUAAGGGAAGUCCCUCCUGAUUCCUUCAGGUAUGGGAAAUACCCUUCUGAUUACCUCUCUUGUGACCACAUACCAUCAAUGAAUUUGGAAGCUUGGAGAGAGGAGAAGAGCCAAGACUUGGAACAGUGUGGUUCUCCAAGAAAGAUAAAAAAUGGGGAUUUCGUAUUGUCUUCCACAUCCGGCAAAUUGGUUGCUUUGUACUCCUGUUACCAUGGUUUCAAAUUAAAGGGUGUCACUGCAAUAGUUUGUGAGGGAAAUAAGUGGAGUGACAAACCCCCACAAUGUACAGGGUGUUAUGGAAAGAGUUCAGGGACAUCAAAGACGGCGGUCCGAUUCCCUACCACCAGUUAA